AUGUGGAUCUUCAUGUUGGGCCUGGACGCAGCCUGCAAGACAACCAUCCUGUACAAGGUGAACCUGGGCCCAUCAGUGACCACCAUCCCCACAGUGGGUUUCCACACAGAGAGUGUGACUAACAAAGAGUUCAACACAUGGGAUGUGGGGGUAAAUGGACGAGACAAGGCAAAAACGCUCUGGAGGCUUUACUACUGCUGGACCCUUAUCUUUCUAGUGGACUGCGCCCACCAAGACCACAUGGAGGCGGCCCGCCAGGAGCUGCACCACAUUAUCAAUGACCAGGAGGUGAGGGACGCCAUUAUCCUCGACUUUGCCAACAAGCAGGACCUGCCAGAUGCCACGAACCCGCUGCAGAUCCAGGAGAAACUGGUCCUGAUGGGGAUUCUGCACAGGAACUGGUUUGUGUGACCUUCCUGUGUUGACUCCAGGGAUGGACUUCAAGAGGACCUCACAGGGUUAGCCUCUAACUGCAAAUCCUAAAGAGCGUUCUCCACCCAUCCCCCACCCCCAAGGAGAGAAAUUACAACACCUUCAUAGUAUUAUCACCGCUUUUAUCACCUCCUUCAAUUACCAUUUUCUCUUCUUUUGAAUUUGAACUCUAGAUUUAGGGUUCUAUGGUUGGAGUGGCAGGGUUGUUUUUUUGGGGGGGUGGGGUUGCAUUAGGAUGCUCUGAUCUGACAUUUGACAUGAACACAGUGCUUCAUGCUCUUGUGGCCCUCCAACAACUGGGGUGGGGGAGAUAGCAUUUCUUGAUAAAGUCCUUUGUAAUGCUUUGAUUUUUAAUUUCUAGAACCUCCCCCUUUUUUUUCUCAGUGUAUGUUUCUUCCCUUUUGGCCGAGUUUCUUGUCACUUGCUGAAGAUGGUUAUUUUGCAUCCAUACAAACUAUGUUGCAAGUCUGUUUCAUCUGAUAAACUAAAACUUAUUGCUUAAUGAAGAUAAAAAAGACAUUUGAAGAUAAACAAAACCUGAAUGAGUCUGCUGCCAUGAGAACUGCCAUACAAAAGACACUAAUGGAAAUCAUUCAUUGUCAAAUGAAAGGACAUUGAACAGUAAUUGGAAGCCACAUGAGAAAUAAAGA